AUGGCGAUCGAUCAAUCUGCCAUCAACAAUGUACUAGAACAUGUCCUCCGGCGACUCGAGCACCAUAAGCAGUAUGAGGGUCAAGCCAUGAACAAUGGACCAAGACCAUUCGUUCUCGGUCUAUCUGGCAUGCAGGGGUCUGGAAAGUCGACUUGGGCUGCCAGCCUUGCAGACGCUCUUCGCUCUCGCCAUCGCCUGAAAGUGGUCAUCCUGUCCAUAGACGACCUCUACAGCACACACGAUAGAUUGGUGCAAGUGCGGCACGCGAAUCAGGAUAACAAGCUAUUUCGAAACCGUGGCCAACCGGGAACCCAUGAUGAGAGCCUCGCCCAGCGCUUCUUUUCGGCACUGCUGAGUGGACAGGAUAUCGCUGUUCCAGCAUUUGACAAGAGUCGCUACAACGGCGAAGGAGAUCGAGUGCCGGAGAGUGAGUGGAAAGUUGUGUCGGCGGAACCACCGGUCGACAUCCUCAUUUUCGAAGGAUGGUGUCUGGGGUUUGAAGCUCUGGACGACAGAGAACUUGCCCGCAGAUGGACGGCAGCCCAAGAACUGGCUGAGACAGCAACACCUAAGCCCGACAAGUACAAUGGCGACAUUGCUCAAGCCGAUGACGACGGAAUAAUGUCCACAAUGGAACUACACAAGCAUCCCCUGAACCACAUUCAGGAAGUCAACACCAAUCUUGCAAGGUAUAAUCAGGGUUUCAUGAGCCGCGCUCGAUUCGAUAUUCUGGUACACCUCGACACACCCAUGCUUCAGAAUGUCUAUCGGUGGCGGAUCCAACAGGAGAAUGCCUUGCGUGCGACCAAGGGCACUGGCCAAACAGAUCAGCAGGUCGUGCCCUUUGUGAAGGUGUACAUGCCAGCAUACGAGCUGUACCUUGACGGACUACGGCGGCCGAAAGCCGGCUUGCCUCAGAUCGUCGCCAGCUGUGUGACUGGCGAGGAGUGCGAGUCCCUCAUCCUACACGGGUACAACGACAAAUGGAGAGAGGGCAAGCGCGGCAUGUGGAAUAGGGUCGUACAUGCAGACUUCAAGCGUCCAAACAAUCCCAUCGCCACCAGCAGCAGGGCCAACACCGUCACCUCCGCCAUUCUUGCCCGCCCUACUGCGGCCGACGUCGCGGCGCUGAGGCGACUGCGACUCGUAAGCCGAUCAUGGAACCGCAGUGUGCGCAAGUUGCUCCGGCAGCACGAGAUACUGACUCUCGACUUGGACUACAUGGACACCGUGACUGGGGCCAUCGUGCUGUGCACGGCUGCCGGCCGUGCAGAGGCAGACAAGGGACAGCAGGAGGUUCCAGUCCUUCCUAAGAACGUCGUCAUCCUGGCUGGUGACGCACACAUUCGUCCCUUCAGGCGCUACUAUACGUAUGAUUCAGAGUUCCGCGCCGGAGUGACAUUUGAGAACGAGGCGCUCGCGCUUGGAAACUUCAGAGACACGGCCGACCUGGAGGACUCGGACUCGGACCCGGAGAGGAGCUCCUACAGGCCCCGGCACCUCCAGCUUCGCCCGCGCCCUCAGAGAACAGACGAGAGCCAAGUCGGGCAUCCAUCAAGGCUUAGAGACGACCAGAAGCACGCACUUCUCCGAGUCUUUUUGCAGCGCUGUCACCAAGUGGCCGGACAUGAAUCUUCUGCUGUCAAGACCUUGAGUGUCCAGUUCCCCCCCGCGAACAGCUGGAUUCGCGGGUACGACGAGCACGGCGCACAGUGCUAUGACUUGCCCGCGCUGGACGCACUGAUUGACGUCCUGAGGACUUCCUUGUUCUUUGUGCCCACCCGGUGGACCCAGGCGGGAACAGCCGACGACUCUUCCAUGGCGGCCGACACUGCGACAAGAUCACCACGACAACCCCAACCAAAGAUCCUCUUCCCCCACCUUCGGAACCUCUUCGUCGCCGUCACUGACGCCACCGGCCCGUGCGGCAGCUCUGACUACACGGGCCAUGAAUUUGGGUACAACUUCGAUCUCACCGCGAUCGACGGCGACAUGACAGACCCGUAUGUGUCGGGCUAUCCGCCGAGCAACCUGCAGCUGCGCGGUGACAAGAACCGGGACCACCAGCUGGACCUGUGGCGGUUCGUCGCGAGCUGCAGGACCGUCGAGGCGCUGUACAUCGAGGCGACGCACGCGCUGAGUCUGGAUCAGCUUUGGCGGGUUAUAGAUGGACAAGGAAGGGAUGCAUCGUGUGGUAGCGGUGGCGGCGGUCCUGCUACGGCAAGCGACGAGGCGUAUCACUCUUCGGCACAGGACCAGCGAAGAUUGCGAGACUGGACAAGGACGGGUCUUCAAAUUCUCGGGCUGUCCAGGAUAAACACGAGCACGGCGUCCCUUGCGCGUAUGAUCCGACCAUCACCACCACCCCCUGAGAGUACAAGACUUGCACACGCCGCCAGCGCAGCCGCGUCGCCCAUACGGCGCCUCAACCUCUGCCGCGUUCGUAUUGUUCACGAUUCCGAUGCUCGUGCCGAUGCCGAUAAGGCCGCCGCCACUGCUGGCAGCCAAGCCCACGUCGAGGAUGGUGAUCGCCAAAGUAGCACAAGCAGCAGCGACAUCAGCAUCAGCAGCAGCCACUGGGCAGACAUUUUCGCGGCUCUGAUGCCCCGGCACUGCCCGGACCUCGAGUUCCUCGGCAUGCAUAACCUCUCGUACAUGUCGACGCACCCGGACUUUGCGUACAUCAGCAGGCCCGGCGAAGACUUCCACUAUUUGUGGACUGAGAGCGGCGAAGACUUGCGGGCCCUGGCUGAGCUUUUCCGCAGCAAUGAGCGUCUGGCGGUACAGGGACUAGACAGAAGGUGGCAGUUGGGCAAGGACGUGGCGGGGGAAGAAGGGCGCGACUUGAUAUUUGACUUUAGAUUUUGAGCGAGCGAGUAUAUCCAUACGCAUGCCUGUCUGGGAAAGACUUGCUCAGCGGUUGGGUCGUGAAUUGUGUUGUCAAAUUUAUCCAGUCUUGUUGUGGAUCAAGCUGUCCAGCAAUGCG